UCAACGAGUUUCACUUAAGAUGGAAGUAGUUUUGCGUGUCCUUAUUGCAGCAAGUGUGACUGCCCUGGUCUCAGGCCAUGGCCGGCUUAUUGACCCACCUAGCAGGAACUCAGCUUGGAGGUACGGUUUUGGAACACCGAGGCAAGACACCGAUAACGAGCUUAACUGCGGCGGGUUCAAUGUCCAAUGGUCUACGAACAAAGGAAAGUGUGGCGUGUGUGGAGACGCCCAUCACUUAACGUCCGGCAAAGCUCUUUACACUCACCCUGGGAAGUACGCAACGGGAACCAUCACUAAGACCUACAAAGAGGGACAGGACAUUGAGGUGGUGGUAGACGUGACCUCCAACCACCAGGGAUACUUCACCUUCAGAGUUGGUGACAUCGGCUCUCCUCCCAUAACUCAAGAGAAGCUGAAGUACGUGUUGAGGCAGCCCAAUGGCGACACCAAGUGGAAAAUCAACUCGCACGGGAACGACGUGUUUACGAUCAAGCUAAAACUUCCCGAGGGCUUGACAUGUGAUCACUGCGUGUUGCAAUGGUGGUGGCGCGUGGGAAAUAACUGGGGAUGCGACGGGAAAAGAAACUGUGGAAUGGGUAAAGGACCACAGGAAACCUUCGUAAACUGCGCCGACAUCAAGAUCACGAAAAGUGACGGAAGUGUGCCGCCACCACCUUCUCCCACUCGACCCCCGCCACCUACCGAGGCACCUCCAGACCCUCCCAAGCCAACCGAACCCCUUCCUACCAAUGCUCCUAACCCGGAGGGUUGCAGAUCAGUACCUCCCUACAAAAGUAAGCAAAUGGAUGACUGGUGCCGCAGAAAUUGUGCCACAGGAUACUGCCCGGCAACUCACUGCAAGUGCCCAAUGUAAAGAAGUUCCCCAUAACCUGAGGUUUGCACUGAAUUUACCUGGUACUGAGAAGGUAAAAGGGUUUGACUUUUGAUUUAUUUUACUUGCACCGUUUCAUUCGAUGUAUCUGUGGGUUAAUAACAUGUAUAUCAUAUCAAUGAAAAGAUAAAUUUGUCUUUUGAUUUUACUUGCACCGUUUCAUUCGAUGUAUCUGUGCUUUUACUUGCACCGUUUCAUUCGAUGUAUCUGUGGCUUAAUAACAUGUAUAUCAUAUCAAUAAAAAGAUAAAUUUGCUUC